AUGGGAAUGAAGAAGAAGCAAAGCAGGAGGCUAACAACCAGGAAGAGGAAGAGCAUUCUGAAGAAGCUGAAGGUUGAUCAGAUUAAGAAAACAAGAUUGAAUAAGAAGAUGAUGGCGAAGGUAGAGAAGAUUCCUGUGUCUGUGAUGAGGACCGAUGAGGAGAUAAUGCAGCUUCAGGAAAUAAAACGGCAAUCGAGGAUAAGAAAAGCUGAGUAUGAAGAAAGCAUGAGGAAUGUGGUGAAGGUAGCUGAAUAUGUAAAAGUGCUUGAGAGGAUGAUUAGCAAGUGCGAGACGAUUAUUGAAGUUAUUGAUGCCAGGGAUGCAGAGUCAAGCAGAAGAAUGGAUGUUGAGCAGAUGAUUGUUGAGGGGGGAAGGAAGCUGGUGAUUGUGUUGAACUUUACUGAAUAUGUUCCGAAUAGUGUUGUUGAGUGCUUGAAGGGUGAUUUGUGCAAGAAGGUGAGUGAAGCGAUAGUAAGAACGCCUGAGGAGAAUGACUGGGUUGAAGACGGAAUGAGGGUUGGAGUAUUUGGAAACAGUAAGUGUGGAAAGAGUUUUGCUAUUCAGAAGAUAUGCGUGAAUAGUGGGAUGGCGAUGAAUGUGGCAAUGACGGUGAGUGUUCCACCGAAGGAGGCAUGCAUGCUGAGUGUUCUUCGAGGAUGCCACAGCCUGGAGAGUAUUCCGUUUAGAAAGUACAUAAACAUGAUUGCUGAGCAGAUCGACAGGAAUGAGGUUGCUCGUCAUUACAAGAUCUGUGGAUUUGACUCUGGAGACGAGAUGCUGGAGUGUAUCUGUAUGGAGUAUGGAAUUAGUGGAGACGACGAGGAUGUGAAGUGCCUUGAGGCAGGGAACAGGUUUCUGGAGGAGUUCCGUAGAAACAGGAUUUUGUUUUGGAGAGAGGGAGAAGGGAGAGUGUGCUUUGAGUUUGUGGGCACAGAAUAA